AUGAAACUCUGCCUGAUCCAGAUGAACAGCACGCCCGACCAUGCGGAGAACGUGGCCCGCGCAGCGACCCAUAUCGACCGGGCCGUUGCGGCCGAGUUGCCCGAUCUCGUGGUCGUGCCGGAGUUCUUCAACCACCCCUAUGUCUUCCAGUAUCGCGACUACCGGCAUAUCGACGAGGCGGAGAGCGCGGACGGCAUCGCCAUCUCGGCCAUGCGCGCCAAGGCACGCGAGCACGGCAUCCACAUUGUCGCCACGAUCUUCGAGGCAGAAUCCGCCGGCAUCUGCUACGACAGCGCCAUCGUGAUCGACCCUUCGGGCGAGAUUCUCGGCCGCUACCGCAAGGCUCAUCCGGCGGCGGUCCGCAGCCUGGAGAAGAUCUAUUUCCGCUACGGCUCGCACUUCCCCGUGUUCAGGAUCGGCGACUGGCGGGUCGGCAUAAACAUCUGCUACGACACGUUCUUUCCCGAGUCCGCGCGCUGCACCGCGGUCAACGGCGCCGAGCUGAUCGUGGUCCCCUUCGCCUGCCCGCCCAUCGCCUGCUGGCGCGAGACCAUGCGGACCCGCGCCUUCGAGAACGGCGUCUAUUUCGCCCCCUGCAACAAGGUGGGGGCUGGAAGGGGAGUGGACCUUCGGCGGGCGCAGCAUGAUCGUCGCCCCCGAUUCCGAGGUGCUGGCCGAAGCGGGCGACGAAGGCGACGAGACGAUCACGGCGACCCUCGACCGUGCCCGUGUCUUCGAGGCCCGCCGCGCCUGGCCAAUGUUUCGCGACCGCCGCCCCGACCUCUACACGUCCAUCACGACGCCGACGGAAGACAUCCCGCGGACCGACUGAUCGCGGUGGCUUGGGGAAUGGAGACUGCAAGACGGACCCUGGCAGCCGCCGGCUUGGUCUGCAUUCUGGCCCUUGUCGGUGCGGCGUUGCCGGUCGCGGCCGCCCUUGCGGCGCUGGAGGAGGGCGCGGCCGGACCCGCUGCGCGCACGAUCCCCGUCGCACCGGUCGAUCCCGACAGCACGGCCGGGCGGAUCGUCCUUCCCGUCGCCGAUUGGCUGGAGGAGCGCUUCGGUUCCGGCUCCGAGACGAUCCGGCUCACGCUCGAUGCGCCGCUGUGGGCGGAGGAGCGGGAAGGCACCGUCACCCUCCAUCUUCCCGGCGCGAGGCUCGUGGAGCCCUCCGCGCCCCACAUCCACGAAAUUGCCUACGACUUCGAGGCCGCGCUGCCGGCGAUGAUCGACAAGGGGCGAGAGAGACUGGCGAUUGGCGGGGGCGCAGUCUCCGGCACGUGGCGGUCCGAUCUGGAGAUCACGACCAACCUGGAGGCCAAUGCCGCCAACCUUCGGCUCUUCGAAGGCACGGGGUCGGAUGCGGUGGAGACAAUGUCACUGGGGGCGCUCGCCGUCGCGGACGAGCUGGUCGAGGGCGCCGACGGGCUUUGGGACGGCCGCUCCAUGCUCAGUCUGUCCGACCUGGAGGGCGAGGGUGUCACCCUGGGCCGGGUCGAGAUCGCGGGCAGCUUCGAGGACUUCGAUCGCGAUUUGAUCCUGCAGACGCGCGGGGACGUCGGCUCGUUCACAGGCGGUAUGGGCGGGCCGACGGCGCUCGCGGACGUUCUGACGCCCCUCAUCGGCGGGCGCUGGGGGCGGUCCGAGUUUUCGGUCGUGUUGCAGGACUUGACGGCGACCGACGACGGCACCGGCUUGACCGAUGGCGGCGAACUUUCGCUCGGCCGGCUGGAGUGGCGGGUCGAUCUCGACGGACGAACGGACCUCGCAGGCCUCGCCACGCGAAUCGCGAUCAAACCCGCGAGCCCCAAACGUGGAUCGAUAGCGGAUACCGUCCUCGCGCAUCUGGACGCGGCGGAUUCCGCAUUCGAGCUUCGGGACAUCCACGUGGCUGCGCCGUCAUACGAGCUCCGUGCCGAUGGCCGGUUCCAGGUCGAGCCGGCCAGCCUCUUCGGCAUCAUCGGCCGCUUGGAUGCCCGCAUUCGGGGGCUGAGCUCUCUCAUGGCGCUGGCUGCGGGGGAGGGGGAGGAGGACGCGGUGGCGUUGCUGAUCGUCCUCCAGGGUCUCGGCAGGCCGGUUUUCGAGGAGGGUGCGGACGAGCCAUUUUACGCCUAUGAGAUCGACUUGCGCCGCGACGGCGGCGUCACCGUUAACGGCAUUCCCUUCGACAUGCUGCUCCCGAGCGGCCUCUCGCCCCAAUGA